AUGAAAUUGACAUGUCUGAGCAAAGGAGACGGCUUUCAGUAUCCACCUUGUCAUAUGCUGAAUCUAUGUGGUUUCAGGAUCUUGAUUGAUUGUCCUUUGGACCUUUUGGCAAUGUCAACCUUCUCUCCUGUUCCAUAUGAUGUGGGUUUUGAAGCUUCUGAAUGUUCAUCUAAUGUGCAACUGGAUGCUCAGGAUCCAUUUCAGAAGAAGCAAAAACUGGAGAGACAGAUGACUCCUGCUGAUUUGGUGUGUGCAGAACCGUGGUACAAAACUGUGAAAGCCUUGCAUUUGUGGGAGGUUUCUUUAAUUGAUAUAGUUCUGAUUUCCAAUCCUAUGGGACUGUUAGGAUUGCCAUUCCUUGCUCAAGACCCUGGAUUUUGUUCCAAGAUAUAUAUGACUGAAGCAACAGCAAAGAUUGGACAGCUCAUGAUGGAAGAUCUUAUCUCGAUGCACAUGGAAUUUAGACGCUUCUAUGGACCUGAGGACUCCAGUUUUCCUUGGUGGAUGAAGAAUUUAGAUCGUGAAGAAGUACCGGCCUUGCUUAAGACAGUUGUCUUUGGCGAGAGUGGUGAUGAUCUGGGCAGUUGGAUGCGUCUGUACAGUCUAGAUGACAUAAAGAGUUGCAUGAAGAAGGUUCAAGACAUUAAAUUUGCGGAAGAAGUUUGUUAUAAUGGGACCUUGGUCAUUAGGGCCCUAAGUUCAGGUUUAGAUAUUGGGGCAUGCAAUUGGUUGAUCAAUGGACCUAACGGCAGUCUAAGUUAUGUGUCAGACUCCAUCUUCGUUUCACAUCAUGCAAAAAGUCUUGAUUUCCAUGGUCUCAAAGGAAGCGAUGUGAUGAUUUACUCAGAUUUCUCAUGUCUCCAAUCUGAAGAACUGAAUGAGUUUGGUUGUAGUUCUCCAGAUACAGAUAAUAAUCAUAUAUCAACAAUCAGUGACAAGAAUGAUGAGAACUUGGCUGCUUCAUUACUGGACACUGAAGAAAGCUUAGAAGAGUUGGAGAAACUAGCUUUUGUUUGCUCAUGUGCAGCAGAAUCUGCUGAGGCUGGUGGCUCAACCUUGAUAUCAAUUACUCGAAUUGGGAUAGUUCUGCAGCUCCUGGAGCUAAUGUCAAAUUCUCUUGAAUCCUCGUCUAUAAAGGUUCCAAUCUUUGUAAUAUCUUCUGUGGCAGAAGAGCUAUUGGCAUACACUAACACCAUACCAGAGUGGCUGUGCGAGCAACGACAGGAGAAGUUAAUUUCAGGAGAACCAUCAUUUGGUCAUCUUAAAUUCAUUAAAGACAAGAAGAUCCAUUUGUUUCCUGCCAUUCACUCACCCAACUUAAUAGCAAGUUGGCAGGAACCAUGCAUCGUGUUUGCUCCUCACUCGAGUUUGCGACUUGGCCCUUCUGUCCAACUUCUUCAGCGUUGGCGUGGAGAUCCAAAAUCAUUGCUUGUUCUUGAGGACGGGAUAAGUGCAGGUUUAGGGCUUCUUCCCUUUAGACCAAUCGCGAUGAAAAUUCUCCAAUGCUCAUUUCUUUCUGGAAUAAGGUUGCAGAAGCUCCCAACACUUCUUUCCGUUUUGCAGCCGAAGAUUGUUUUGGUACCUGAUGUUGUCAAUCAGAGGAUCAAUCUUACGGAGAUGAAGACAAUCUCAAUCCUGAAUUACUCUGAGAACAAGACACUGCGUGUGCCAAGAAUCGCAGACAAUCCAAACGUUGAGAUAAUGGCAGAGUUGGCCUCCAAAUUGAGCUGGAAAAAACUGAGACAACGUGAAAACUUUGGUAUUGCAAGAUUGAAAGGUGAGCUUCUGAUGAAAGAUGGGAAAUAUAGAUUAGUUUCCGGGUUGGAGCAGGAAGAAAUUUCAGGGAAGGCUCGCCCAUUGAGGCAUUGGGGCUCAGUUGCUCCGGAAACACUGGUAGCCGCGCUACUGAAAAUGGGUAUAACCGGAUCUGUUGAACACAGCACAGGUGAGAAUGGAUCAGAAGUCAACAGUACAAUCCAUGUAACAAAUCCUAGCAGUGGCCUUAUAGAGACCUCAGAGAUGGGUACUGCUAUUAUAACAGACGAUGAGAAUGUAGCCACUCAGAUCUUCCAGGCGAUUGAUGGAAUUCUUGACGGAAUUUAG